GUCAUUUUUGGAGGACUUUAUGGAGAAAGAUGGGCACUCAACUCCAGUUUAGUUCUGCUAGCCAUCCCCAAACCGAUGGGCAAACUAAAGCUAUCAAUAAGAUUUUGGGGAAUCUACUACGAAUUUUUGUGGGAAAGAAUUUGCGACAAUGGGAUCUUGUGCUUGCCCAAGCUGAGUUUGCCUACAACAACUCUUCGAAUCAAGCUACGGGAAAAUGCCCAUUUGAAGUAGUAUAUGGAGUGCGUCCUCUCAGUCCUUUAGAUCUUGCUCCAUUGCCCACAUCCCGACAAUUUAGUGCAGAUGCUGAACAACGAGCCAAGGAGAUCAAGAAACUUUAUGAAGAAGUUCGUGAGAAGCUACAACGUCAAACCAUUAGGUAUAAGGCUCAUCAUGACAAGCAUCGAAAGAAGCUGACCUAUCUCCUUACUAUGAGGAUCAUGAGCAUUGAACUCAAACUCGAGGAUGAGUUUUCUCCAACUAGGGGAGAAUGCGCCGGGGGAAAGCACCAGGAAAGUGCACCAGGAUUGCAAGUCAACAAAUUUCGGACUACACUCUGCAGACUACAAAUAGGCCAGUGCAAUUUUGUCAAAAAUGGCCACUAAAUUCCACAAAGAUGGCUAAUUCCCAACUGCAUUUUCACUUUUCAUUUAUUGCCUUAUGUUAGAUUUUGCCUAUAAAUAGCUAUAUUCCCUUCAUUGUAUGUAUAAGUUUUAAUCCAAAAAUUUCAGUUUAUAAUUCUCCUCUGUUGAGUGAGUUUCUUGAGAGUGAGUUUCUUGAGAGUGGAUUCUCUCAAUUUGUCUCUGUAUCUUAGGUCUUACCAACUUAAGUGGUGAACCUGGCAAUCGAAUUCAUCGUAGUGGGAUUUUUAAUCUCGCCAAAAUCGGUGUUUCGGUAUCGGCUCCUACGCCAAAACCCCCAAGGAUAAAAGCUCUUUUAUACC